GCUAAWAGUAACUUACUUAUCUAAUUUAGGUGACGUCAACUAUUCAACAGUUUGACUGAAUGCACUCUACAACACUAAACUAUGACUUUUCAGAAUUUUCAGAAAUAGAAAGUGAAAAAUUACUCUGGGCUUCCUGUGUUGAAAAGUUGUAUGAUGCGGUCAGCGGAUAACCCCAACGAGCAGCUCGUAGGUUCACGUGUUGGUUUUGUGAGUUUUUAACUUUUUUUUUUCCUCUAAAAAAAUAUACUUUAUCUUCAAAAUGGAGAGUCAUAUACGAAAGUUAAAGAAACUUAAGAAAAGAAAGGAAAAAAUGGCCCAAGAGAAGCAAAAAUCGGUAAAACAAAUCGAAGAAAGUAAGGAAGAAGCUAAGCCUGAUGGUGAAGAACAUGUUGAAACUCCUCUUCCAGCUGACACAGUUCUACCAGACAGUACUGAGUUUAAAUCACUGGAAGGGAUGGUAAGUGAGAAGACSCUGAAUGGAGUGAAAGAGAUGGGCUUCACGCACAUGACAGAAAUACAACAUAAGAGUAUUGCUCCUCUGUUAAAAGGAAGAGAUCUUCUUGGUGCUGCUAAGACCGGUAGUGGUAAAACACUUGCAUUUCUCAUACCUGUAGUUGAGCUGUUGUACAAGCUGGGAUUCAAAUCACGAAAUGGCACUGGCGUAAUAAUCAUAUCUCCAACGCGCGAGUUAUCUCUUCAAACCUAUGGAGUAGCCAGGGAUUUGCUAAAAGAUCAUAACUUCACAUAUGGCAUAAUAAUGGGUGGAGUCAACAGGAAAACUGAAGCAGAACGUCUACAGAAGGGUGUCAAUCUGUUGAUCGCAACUCCUGGAAGGUUACUGGAUCAUUUACAGAACACUCAGGGGUUCAUCUUUAGUAACCUGCAGUGUUUAGUCAUAGAUGAAGCAGACAGGAUCUUGGAAAUAGGAUUUGAAGAAGAAAUGAAACAAAUUAUCAAAAUCUUACCAAGUAAAAGACAAACAGUUCUUUUCUCUGCAACACAAACCAAAAAGAUCGAAGAUUUAGCAAAACUGUCCCUUAAACGAUCACCACUGUAUGUUGGAGUUGACGACCACAAGGAAACGUCAACAGUUGAAGGACUAGAACAGGUAAAUUAA